AUGGCAGAGCCGAGCACAACAGAGGAAGGGCUGGACUCGAAAAUCUUAGAGGUCAGGGAUGAAAAAACGGAGGCUAGGACAGAGCCAGUAGGAGAACUGGAGACUUUUCCAUUAUCAGAAGUGGAAACAGAUAAGGUCUUUAGUCUCAACGCCGGCCUAACAAAAGAUAAGGAACAAGGGGAACCAUCUUCAGAAGCAUCGAGGAAGGAGAGGAAGGAAGAACUCUUCCAAAAGUUCAACUGGAAGUUAUAUGUGGAUGGGGCUUCAGGCGCCGGAAGCAACGGUGCAGGAAUAAUGCUUAAGGGGCCUGAAGAAUUUAAGGUUUGCUACGCCCUGCGCUUAGGAUUCCAAGCUUCCAAUAAUGUGGCGGAGUAUGAAGCCCUAAUAUACAGAAUGAUGGUGGCAAUGGAAGUAGGGGUAACCGACCUCGAAGUAAAUAGCGACUCACAACUGGUGAUCAAUCAGAUUACUGGGGCAUAUCAGGCCAGGGAUCCAACCAUGCAGAGUUAUCUGGCAAAAGUAAAAGCAAUAGAGGCCGAGUUCAUAGAUCAGGGAGUUACCAUCAAAUUCCAAAGAAUACCACGAGAAGAAAAUGAGGAAGCAGACCUGCUUAGCCGGUUGUCUAAAGAAGAACUAGAACAGCUUCCCGACGAGGUGUACAUACAACACGUCCUUACGCCCGCUUUCAAUAAAACAAGCACGGUGCUAUAG